AUGGCUCAAGAUCUCACAGAAAAAGAACUGCUGAAGAUGGAACUUGACCAGCUGAAAAAGGAAGUGAAGAAUGAAAGGCAAAUGAUCUCCAAGACGGGCAAAGAACUCAAGGAGUAUAUAGAAUCCGUGGCAGCAGAGGACCCUCUUUUGAAAGGUGUUCCUGAGGAUAAGAACCCUUUUAAGGAGAAGGGAGGCUGUAUAAUUAGUUGA